AAUAUUCAACUAUAUAUUUUAGCAGAUAUUAAGGUACGUUCGGAAUACAUAAGUUAAAUUAUUUUGAAUUGUCAUUAAAAGUAAUGAUUCUAAAUAUUCUUCUUAGAAAAAUACAGUCGACAACUGAAUUAAAGCCACCUAAUUAUUUGCACGUUAGACGUAAAUUAAUUUAAUCAAAUCAUUUUUAAUUUUCUUUUAUUACUAUCUGCACAAAAAUUGUAAGUUACAAACCAUGACAAUUAUAGAUGACGCAUACUUCUAAAAGAAGCGAAAAGAAUAAUAUUAAAUUUUGUUUUUUUCUACGCGUAAUUAGGAUUACCCACAAUAUUUAAUAGGAUUAUUAGUUCUUGGUGCAUGAAAAUAAAGAAAAAUGAGUUUUCUCGGAAAAUUAUUCGGUGGGAAAAAGGAAGAAAAGGGUCCGACGACUCAUGAAGCUAUACAAAAAUUACGCGAAACCGAGGAAUUGCUGAUCAAAAAACAGGAAUUUUUAGAGAGAAAGAUCGAGUUAGAAAUACAGACAGCUAGAAAAAAUGGUACCAAGAAUAAAAGAGCGGCUAUCGCGGCUCUCAAGCGUAAGAAGCGGUAUGAAAAGCAGUUGAACCAGAUUGAUGGUACGUUAACACAAAUAGAAGCCCAGAGAGAGGCACUGGAGGGCGCCAACACCAAUGCUCAAGUGCUCAACACUAUGAAGGAGGCGGCUAAUGCUAUGAAGUUGGCUCACAAGGACAUAGACGUAGAUAAGGUGCACGACAUAAUGGAUGAUAUUGCAGAGCAACACGACAUAUCUCGAGAGAUCACAGACGCUAUCAGCAACAACGUGGCCUUCCCCAACGAUGUAGAUGAAGACGAGCUUGAAAAGGAACUUGAGGAGUUAGAACAGGAGGAACUAGACAAGGAAAUGAUCGGUAUCAACGUUCCACACAGCCUGCCUGACGUACCCGCCACUGAGCCAGUGGGUGCAAAAGCUAAACCGUCUAAAGAUCACGAGGACCCAGAGCUGGAACUUCUCAAAUCUUGGGCAACAUAAGCUUCAAAUAUGUAUAUAUAAGCUUAUCCGUGAUAUAACCUUAUUCAAUCGAAAUAUAUCUGUGCAACAUAACGAUACCGUUGUCUUCUUUUAUAUUUUAAUUUUUUUUUUGAAAUAAAAAGUAAGUAUUCAUAUAA